AUGAAGUGGCAAUCUGGUUUACUGAUUUUUGUCUUACUGACCGGCUGGUGUUUCCGGCCUGGCACUGGUGACUUUGUGGCCUCUGAUGAACACCCAGACAUUGGCCAUGAUGAGGAUGUACACCCCAACGCCCUCAGAGAAACAAACGGGGAUGUACUGGACAUGAAUAUCCAAACGAGCAGGGAUGUACCGGACACGAAUACUGAAACAAACUGGGACUUACCAGACAUAAACAAGGACAACUAUGAGGAUGCUGACUGGCAUCCUCCUACCUCCCUCCUGGAAACACACUCCGAUCUUUCCCCAGACGCCCCACCAGUGAUGCGCAGGGGCAGCACUGGUGUUGAGGACAGCACCAACCAAACCUUCAUUGGAACUAUUGGUACCUCAUCCGCAAAGUGUGGCGAGUACAGCAGCCAGCUGACGUCUAACGGACAGUGUCGGCUGAUGGCAACGCUGCCCCCUACGGGAAUGUCACAGAAACGCUGCCCAGAUAUGUUCCGCUGCACAGACGACGUCUCCUAUUGGCUGCGUGAGAACCAGAACAGGAGGGAGCAGCUGGAGGAGCUGAGGGAGACAAUGUCAGAGCUGCAGGAGGAGCUGAGGAACCACCGGCAUCGGGUCAAGACCCUGGAGGUGCAGGGUGAAGAAAGUGUUGGUUUAAACUCGACCUUUGACCAGCGCUUGCGUUCUCUGGAGCUGCGUCACACCAAGGCCGACACGCUGCUCCAUGUGCAUGCCGCGCUGCUGCACGAGCUGCAGGCGCAGCUCGGCAACCUGUCGGCUGCCGUGCAGCGCAUGAGCCGCAGCACGGGCUGCACGGUCAAUGUCAUCAGAAGUACACCGCCGCUCGGCAUGCGAGACACACUGCCACCAGAUGGACAGUAUCUGUCUUUCUGUCCUUCGGACUGUGCGUCUCUGUAUCACAACGGUGUACGUCGUUCUGGUGUUUACACCAUCGUCCUGUUGCCAGGUGCCACCCUGCGUGUCUACUGUGACAUGGAGACCGAGGGUGGGGGUUGGACGGUGUUUCAGCGGCGGCGUGAUGGCACGGUGAGUUUUAACCGCGGCUGGUCAGAGUACCGAGACGGCUUUGGCGAGCCGCGGGCAGAGCACUGGCUGGGCAACCAGCACCUCCAUCUGCUGUCCAACCAGGGACACUACAGCCUCCGCAUUGACCUGCAGGACUGGAGCCACGCCCGCAGACACGCCAUGUACCACAGCUUCAGGAUAGAUAAUGAGAGGAACCGGUACCGCCUCCAUGUGUCUGGUUUCAGCGGAACGGUGGAGGACUCGUUCGGUUGGUACCACGACCAGCAGGGUUUCAGCACGCCGGACACCGGCAACAUCUGUGCCGAGAUCAGCCACUCCGGCUGGUGGUUUCACCAGUGUUUCUACGCUAACCUCAACGGCGUCUACUACAAGGGGGGGCGCUACUCUCUAAAAGCCCAGAAUCUGCUCGGGCCGGACGGCAUCAUCUGGUUCUCCUGGAAGGAUUCAGACUUCUACUCUCUGAAGGCGGUCACCAUGAUGAUACGGCCGCGCAACUUCAGGCCACGCCUGUCGCCAUAG